CAGUGUCAUUUCUCUCCAGGCCUGUAAACCUACUUCUAUCAUUUGGACCAUCUCAUCAACUUUACUGACCAUUGAUCAGAUCCAAAACACACUCCGCUUUAUAUAUUAGACUAUAUUAGAGCAUCCGUUGGCAUGCCCGUUCUAAUUCUCUGCCUGGUUUUGCAACAUACAGUAUUUCCUUCCUCGCAAUGUGAAAUAUCUAUCUCCACUUGUCUUCACACACGUUGUGAAACUCUAUAAGAAAGCGCAAAGACAUUGUACCUCCUCUUUAAAACUGUAGAGGAAAACACAGAAUUUCAGGACUGCGCAGUGGAUUCAAAGGUUUCUUAUGUCACAGACAGCUGGUCAGAAGAUGAACAGACUCUGCAAGCAGCUGAUGGCUUCUGCCUGUCUUUUUUUGUUGGUCCUUUUCAUUUUAUUGUGGCUCUCCAACUAUCCUAUACAGGUUGGCAAGAACCAACUUCUCAUUGUUGUCUGGACUUGGCCUUUUGGAGAGGUAUUUCCUUUGGACACAUGUCAGUCAAUGUAUGGCAUUUCAGGGUGCAUCUUAACAGCAGAUCGUAAGAUGCUAAGCCGAGCAGAUGCUGUAAUUAUCCAUCAUUAUGACAUCAUGACUAAUAAAGACCUACCUCGGGGAACAAGACCACACUACCAACGUUGGGUUUGGUUCAACAUGGAGCCUCCCACUAUCACAAAAAACCUUCAUAUGUUAGAUAACAUCAUAAACCUAACAAUGACUUAUCGAGAGGACUCUGACAUUUUUCUUCCUUAUGGUUUUCUAAAACCACUGAAGGAACCACAGAUGUUUUCAAUACCAUCCAAGUCUAAGUUAGUUUCCUGGGUGGUUAGUAAUUGGUACCCAAGCAAUAGGCGUACUUCUUACUAUGAGGAGCUGAAGAAACACAUUCACAUUGACGUGUAUGGAAAGCGUCACCAGAUGCUAAGCUGGGAUGACUUUUCUAGCACCAUUUCACAAUAUAAGUUUUAUCUCGCAUUUGAAAACUCUGACCACAAGGAUUAUAUUACUGAGAAGCUGUGGGGUAAUUCUUUCAAUUUAGGGGUCGUUCCUGUUGUCCUUGGAGCUCCUCGUAAAAACUAUGAACGCUUCAUCCCUCCUGAUUCCUUCAUUCAUGUGGAUGAUUUCUCUAGUCCUAAAGAGCUGGCACUGUUCCUGUUGGAGUUAGACAAAGACAAUGCAAGAUAUAAACAAUAUUUUAAGUGGCGAUUGAAUUAUGUUGCAGUUAGAGAAACAGGUUGGGAUAAUCAUUACUGUAAAGCAUGCCGAGAACUACAAAAAAACUAUUGUAUUAAGGUUAUUCCCAGUGUGAAAAAAUGGUUCCUUAGCUAAUGUUUCAAAGAAAC